AUGUUAGAGUCCCAGGUUUCGCAGCAAUCGCCUGCAUCAGCCUAUACUCCUAUUGAUGUCAGGAAAACCUUCUGCAAGGCUUACUACUGGGAUGCGUACGUCGAGAAUUUUAUAAUCGGCUCUAGCAAGUUGAACGAACAUGGAAACGCGGCUCACCUACCUCUGGAACGGAACCAAGUACCCAGUCUUUGCAGAGUUCAGUCUACUCCUAUAUCCCUCACUCUGGUGGGAGCGACGAGGUCGGCAUACUAUGCCCGCAGUGCGUUGAGCAUGGCAGCCAGUGUCCAGGCCACACAAUCCACUGAGAUCAACAUCAAGACGACCGAGCAAGGCCCGCGCGUCUUGAACAACGCCAUCUCAACGAUGUUGAUCAUCCAGCAGUUCUUCUCCGGUGAACAGUAA